CCUUAGCAGACGUAAACAAUUUUUAAAAUGGCUGCUUCUGACGAAGAGGCAAAAACUUAUAUCACUUUAAAACGUAAGCUUUCACCACAAAAAACGUCAUUUACAUCCAACCCGUACCCAGUCGAUGUUACUGAAACGCACAAACAAGCUUCGAUCGCUAGAACCGCCUCUGAAUAUGACUCCGGUGGGUUAGGCAGUCCUCCUAAAAAACGUUUAUUUGUGACUGUUGACGCUGAUGGAAAUCAAGUUCAAGUAGAGGUGCCACACAAUGCUUUGCCUGAAGGAGUCAAUCCUGAUGACACGAAUUCUUACAUUGUGAAUGCAGAAGACAUCAAUCUCGAUUUGACAUCAUAUUCUUAUUCUGUAGUAGUUGAUGGAAUUGUUGAGGAUGUUGACUUGAAUGAUUGUCAGUACAGUGAUGAACCAGUGAAGGGAAGUUUGAAACCUGAUGAAUUAGAUGAAGGGGAAAGUGAAAGUGGCGAUGAACACGACGAUGUUGAAGAAAAAGAUGCAAAUUACAUUAUAUCUGAGCCCGAUGAUGCAGAUCCAAUGUUUAAGUCGCAUUAUAGGAUGAGCCGUAUUGUUGCAUCUGAACUAAUGGAUAAAAUUGGUUCACAUCCAAAAAUGAAUGGCAGAGUGCAGACUUUAGAACAAAAAGUUCUGGCUUCUCUGUUUCUCCUUGGCAAUAAGACCAGCUACAUCGUUGCCUCGGACAAGUUCCACAUGUCCAAGGGAUCGCUGUAUUUGACUCUUAAAAACUUUUGUCAGGUUCUUACAGAGAUGCGAAGUGAUUACAUCAAAUGGCCUAUUGAUCAAAUUGGACUUAGAAAAAUUGCCCAAGAGUUUGAACAAGAAACAGGAAUGCCAGGAGUAGUUGGAGCUAUUGAUGGUAUCCAUUUUCCUAUUAAGCAAAAGUCCCGCUUGGCCCAUGCUUACAGAAACAACCAAAACUAUCUCAGUAUCCAUAUGCAAGCAGUCUGUGAUGCGAACCUUAUGUUCCUUGAUGUCCACUGUGGUAAUCCGGGUUCUGUUGAUGAUGAGACAGUCUAUAGAUCAUGUGAUCUGAGGGAUAAGCUUUUGCAUGACCCCUUGCCAGCAGAUCUUCAUCUAGUUGGCGAUUCAGGAUAUCCCUUAGAACCCUUUAUGUUAACACCAUAUCCAGGUGACAUACGUCGUUUGUCACCUUCUCAGAGAGAGUUUAAUGAGCGUCACAACAGUGCUUUGCUAGCAGUUAAACUGUCGCUACAACUUCUGCAGGGGCGGUUUCAGCGCCUAAAGUUUCUUGACAUGGAGAGGGAAUCUGACAUCCCUGUUACUAUUGUUGCCUGCUGUGUGCUUCACUGUUUUCUUCUACAAGAAGAAUGUGAAGAUGAUGAUGAGUUCUUAGAUUUUACAGAUAUUGAUCCUAACCCUGAUAUAAAUAAAUCAGAAAAAGAGCUUAGAGCACUUAGCAACCAUUACCAACCAGAGGCAGCCAGUAAACGAGAUGUGUUGGCUAAUUUAAUAUCACCAGUUCAGUGCUAGAUUGCAUUUUUCUGUUUUGUUAUUCUGUUUUAUUGUUACCAGUUUUCCUAGUGUUCAACAGUAGAGAAACCAGUAUUAAAGUGUAUAUACUAAGCACUCUGUGAUAAGGCUGUCUUCAGAUAGCUCAGAAAGUAUUGAGAUUUUUUUUAAAAAGGUAAAAUAAUGGGAUGGAUCCACCCAACCAGAAUUAGCCACUAAUUAAUUUAAUUUCUUAGACCUCCUAUAUGUCUAAGCUGGAAGUAUUUGUUGUGAAGAUGAUAUUUAAAAUUUAUAAAUUGAAUCAUCAUAAUUUUUAAAAACUGACAUCCCAAGAAGAUAUAUGUUAAAAAGAUCAGCUAUGCAUAUUUUGGUGAUUUCUGUAAAUAGGUAUUUUUUUAUCAUCUCUGAUAAGUAAUCUCAAAAGAUACUUAUAAAUUUUACUAAUAAACAAGUUUUACCCCUAAAGAUGUAAGAAGUGACUAGUAGGACAAUUAUUUAUUCAAUAUUAUAAAUCUAUUUACAA